UUCAUAUAGUAAAAAUUUUCACUAAUAUGGCUUCUCUUUUUUCGAUCGAUACGAAAAAAUCAACAAAAUUAGAUCGUAAUACUUAUAUUCAUAAAGUUAACAGUAGCACAAAACUUAUCGUAGCUUCUAUUAAACUUCUUUAUUUUAUCGCCAUUUUAAUUUCUGCGUUAUUGAUCGGCUCAUUCAUAUUAAAUCACUUUUUAUUCAUUUCUACCGACUCAAAUCAACACGGCCGCCGCCUGUUCUCCUUUGGUGGCGGCGCGGGUUGGGAGAAAAAAGUCCGGCAUUCUUCUAUACCUAAGAAAAUCAACGGGAAUGUAGUGUUGGUGACCGGUGCAGCUGGAUUUGUUGGUUCUCAUUGUGGAUUAGCGUUGAAGAAACGCGGAGAUGGAGUUAUUGGAAUUGAUAAUUUCAAUUCGUAUUAUGAUCCAUCGUUGAAACGUGCUCGUCAGGAAUUAAUGUCGAAACAUGAGAUUUUUAUCGUCGAUGGUGAUAUCAAUGAUAUUGAUUUGGUUAAUAAAUUGUUCGAUAUUGUUCGGUUUACUCAUGUUCUUCAUUUAGCUGCACAGGCCGGCGUUCGUUACGCAAUGGAGAAUCCUCUUUCGUAUGUACAUUCAAAUGUGAAUGGAUUUGUUAAUUUGUUAGAAAUUGCUAAAUCUGCUAAUCCACAACCCGCCAUUGUUUGGGCUUCUUCAAGCUCUGUUUAUGGGUUAAACACGAAGGUACCUUUUUCUGAAAAUGACAGGACUGAUCAACCAGCUAGCCUCUACGCUGCAACGAAAAAAGCCGGUGAAGAAAUUGCUCACACGUAUAACCAUAUCUACGGAUUGUCAUUAACUGGGUUACGUUUCUUCACUGUUUAUGGACCUUGGGGAAGGCCGGACAUGGCGUAUUUCUUCUUUACAAAGGAUAUGAUUCAAGGGAAGCCGAUCAAGGUUUACGUAUCGGAUAAGGAGGUGGCGCGUGACUUCACGUACAUAGAUGAUGUGGUGAAAGGUUGUUUAGGUGCGAUUGAUACGGCGGAGAAAAGCACCGGUAGCGGCGGAAAGAAGAGAGGUCCGGCGCAGUUGAGAGUGUAUAAUUUGGGGAAUACUUCGCCGGUAUCGGUGAAGAAGCUAGUGGCAAUUUUGGAAAAUUUACUCAACAUUAAGGCUAAAAAGAAUUUGAUUAGAAUGCCCCGAAACGGUGACGUUCCGUUUACUCAUGCUAACGUGAGCCUGGCGUAUAGAGAUUUUGGGUAUAAGCCGACUACAAAUUUGUCAAGUGGAUUAAGGAAAUUUGUUAAGUGGUAUUUAAGUUAUUAUGGGAUUCAAGCAAGGAUAAAAUAGGAAAUACACCUACACCCAAUCAAGUAACGUGGGUCCUCCACAUUUUUUUUUUAAUUUUUGUAUUCGCAUUUGAAUUAUAUCAUGUUAUUUUUAUUUUUA